AGGUGAGAGAUUCCACGCAUUUGUUUUAUAGACUGUUUUUAUACAGUCUGCUUUUAUUUUGAAAGCAACAACGUUUUACAGCCAGUAUUAUUGUGGCUGUUAUAUCUGACUUGUGUGCCUUGCGUAGCUGGAAUGGCUGGUUUACCUUGCCAACAGGUAAUGCCUGUUUCAGUGGCGUCACUGCCAGUAGUGACAGGACAGCCGACCUGCAAUGUCUGCAUGGUUACAGAGUCCAGAGCGUAAAGUUUUGUUAUGCUUAACAGGUCGAUACCAAUUGCGAAAAAAAAAUAAUAAUAAUAAAAAAAUAGCACACACUAAUUUGCAAUACAACUCCUGGAGAAAAAAUAAACUUGGUUUCUUUUAGCAGCUCAGAAGCAUAAAGCUUGUAGAGAAGAUUCCUGCUAUCUAACAUGCAAAAAUAAUGAUUUUAAUGCUGCAAGGUUUCAAGCCAUCUUAAGUAGGAGUGGCUGUGAGUUUGCAAUUAGUCACAAUACCCAUGUGCAGUGAAAAGGCCAAAUACCCAACACCAAUUAGUUGACAAUCAACAUUAUACAUAGAAAAACAGGAAUAGAGAAGUAAAAUUGAAAACUGCUUGCUGACAAUCUUAAAAAUACCCCAAAAAGUUUACAUUAGCUAGGUACAGGCUUGAGAAUAAACGCAUUAGUCCUUAUAGUUAACUUCUCUAAAAACAUACACAUCCAAAUCUUGAAGGUACAUUAAAAAAUUAACCUAUAGGGGUAUGUUUACAUCAAGAAUAAGCAUCAAUACACAAAGAGGAAUCUUGAUAAUAAAUGCAACAAGGCCUCCACAAUGUCACAGAGCAAAAAUUACAUUAAAAUAAACAAGGUUGUAUCCUAUAAACUAGGCUAAGUGGGUUCUUAUCAAAACAAAAAUUCUAAUUGCAGUUCAUGAAUGCAGGUGUCAUUUGUGGGUGAACCUACUAUAGCAUAGAAAAGAGUCAAUCCCAAUGACGCAUUAAAAAAAAAAACAAUAUAAAUGAAGGCCAUAAAGGCCUAAUUUGGACACAAUCAACAAGUCACAUUGGUGAAUGGUAAAUGAACCUGAUAAAAUGUGUAAAUAUCAGCAUGUACACAUGAUUAUCUGGAGCUAGGAACCCCUGGAGUAAAUAUCUCCUUUAAUAAACAAUUUUAAGAAUUUUACAAUGACUGUAUUAGUACAUUCUUUGAAAACACACUUUUCUGUCGAUUUUAAAUUUCUUCCUUGUAUUCUAUGUUUUAUGUUUUGUUUUGAUUGUUCAAACUGUGAUGGAUGUUUUGACUCUCGAUUGCGAAACUAGUUUACCCUUGGGUAAAGUAACCUGAACCUGAACCUGAAUAGUAUUUGGAGAAGCAAAACUUAUUGUUUAAACUCUGUCUUUAACAAAAACGUUUUUACCUCUGUAACCAUGCACCAACUACGAGAGAUAAAGUGAACACUGAGUUAAAUCAAGUUAUAUUAUUCUGCUGUGUCGCCUCCCAGAGGAAAUUCAGAGUUUAAACCGCAGUAUAAUAUCUUACUUCGAUUUUUCUGUUCCUUUCCAGCUUCCGUAGUUUAACAACUGAGUAAAGCUAUCCCGGAAGAGAGUCAGCGCACUUCCGAAUAUGGGAUUUUAUUCCCAAAAUAAAAGUCACGACAUUAAAAUUUCAAUCGUAAAGAUAAAAAGAACAAAAACUAGCCCGCGCAUGACUAAAAAAUAUCGUAUAAAAUACUUGACUGACUCAUUAGGUGUAGAAAAUAGAAAUUUAAGAUAGUAAUACAGCCAAUGAAGUUGAUACAACGAUUAUAUUUUGAAAUUUAAAAGGAAAACAAAUCUUUCAAUAACAUGAGUAACUUGAUGUUUGGUAUCAAACUAGUGAAGUAACAUGGAAGUACACAGCAUUUUGUGUUGUUUCAUAUCGCGUUGACUAACCGAGCCUCCCUCGGUAGUUUCUCUCCGCCAAAGAUAAUUCGUGUUUCGGGAUAAUGACAGGUCAGCUCUUUGUCAGCCGCUCUGUAGGUAGAGGACCGAAGGGAAGCCAUGAUAACUAGUGUCUAAAUGUGCGUCUGGUUCCACUUGAGUGACCAUGCCGAGCCAAACGACGUCCCCGCCGCUGACAGUGACUGUGCUGGCCGCGCUGUGGGUCGGUUUGGGUCGGUGCGGUGUCUCCGAGUCUCCGGGGCCCGGAUGUGACAACGGAAAGCUGUCUUUGGAUAGGGACCUGCCUGUGGACGCUGCGUAUUGGGACUGUCCAGGGUCCACCUGGCCAGAGUCUGCACAGAGACUUCCCAGUAUUGACACAGUGUAUGAUCCUGCGCCAGCCAAGCAGGUGUGCAUGGACAAAUCUAUUUCCUACAACCACACAAUUCCCAACAGUGGAGCUUACAGACCAGUAGGGGCAGAGAGUGGAGAGUACUUGUACUGUCCUCCUCAACGGUGGCUCAAUAACCUGCACCAUGGAGCCACUGUUUUGCUCUACCAUCCCUGUGCUCCUCGCCACGAGCGUCUGCUUCUGUCUGUCCUGGCCCGCUCCUGUCUGCCAGGCUACAUCAUUACGUCACAUCCACAGCUCAAUGAACAUGUGCCAAUAGCCUUGGUGUCAUGGGGUCACACCCUGGAGCUGUCCACUCUGGCCUCCUCAGAUGUCUGCGGUUGGCUGGAGACCACAACAUCCACGAGUAAUACGUCUGGUGGUGUGAGCCAGAGCAGGAACUACAACCUGCUGCUAACCUGGUCAGCCGAGCAGCACCAGCAGCAACACGCACACCCAGAGAAACACUCAGCAACGAUGAAGGAGUCUGUGAGACGCUGCUGUGAGCGGACCAUCUCUGCUCUGCUGAAUGGAGCGAUGGAGACAGAGUCCAACAUAAAGAAGGAAAGCUUGAAAUACAUUAAAGAGGAAGGCAAAAGGAGGCAGAUAAGAGCUGCCAUUAGAGAAACACAGGAGAAUAACAAGGAUGAGAAAAACGAAAGACAAAAUGCAGUAACACAUCAGAGCAACAGAACCACCCUCAGCAGGACAGAGGAUGUCCAGAACUACAACAGCACACCUGGACCAUCAGCAGGAAACAAGACUCUCUCUGAUCCUCCAGGUCCCAAGGAAGUUCCUUCCCAGUCUAAUAUCCAAAUCAUAAACCAGGGCCUAACACCCAGGCCCACAACUUCUUCGAGGUCAAAUAUGUCUGAGACGACACUAAAAAGUGAGGCUAUUGCAUCUCAGAAAAGCAGACUAACACUACAAACAACAGCACAGCAGCUCAGUCCUAAACCUCCUGACCCCAGAAACCCAAACCCCUCUGCUGGAUUAGAUGUUCUUGCACAUGGUGUGAACACGGAGCAUAACGAUACUGCCAGACCUGAUACCCUGGCCCUCAGUUCCAAAGAUGAAGGUACAGACUCAGCCAAACAGAGAGACAAAGACUCUGUCAAACAAAGCCUCAAAGAGAACGUCUCUCAAGGGAAAAACUUUAAUAAAGGCACCACAGCAGAUGGCACGAUGAAGGAUAAUGAAGUAGUAGAUGUUAAAGAGAGAGAGCUGGAACAUAGGCAAACACACAGUCACACACACUCUCACCACAAGAGUGAAAAGACUGGCUUUGAUUGGGUUUCCAAAUCCCAAUCGGAACCUCCGCCUAGGCCACAACAACACCAGAACCCACAGCCCAACAGCCGCGACUGUGGAAGCUGCAGAGCGGGCGAACAAUGUGAAUGUAACGAGGACUCAGACGCCUCAGCCACUGUUGUGAAUAAGGGGUUCCCAAGGACCCCAAGGACAGACGAGGCGGUGUGGGCAGCAGCGGCACUGGGCUUCCUGCUGAUUCUCCUGACCUUGUCAGUGCUUCACACACGCCUGUACCGACACUGGAGGACCGCACCCAGUCUUUACUGGCACGACCCACAGCAGGACUACGACAGUGUGGCAGAUGUGAUCCGCAGGAGGCUACGAAUUGCAAACAGGAGGCGUAAAAGAGGCAGAAGACAGGAGUGUGUUCUUCUGCCCAGCUCCUCCAGCUCAGAUGAAUAUCCGUAAGAACAUGAAGGAAACAUCCCCAACAAUGUCAAGAACGCACUCAAGUGUCAUUUCAUGGAGAGGAGGUGAAGAGAGGACAAUACUUGCAACAAUGAAGACUGCGACUCAUUAUCAGGGCAGCAUUCCUAAUCUUCAUACUUUCUAUACGCAUGCAGCUGUCUUGUACUCUUGCUGUUUAUCUGACAGAGCUGGACUGGACCAACUCUGUCAAAAAAAGAUGCUGGAUAUGAAAAGCUGAGGCUGAAAUGCCACAACUGCUGAAGGGUCAGUUAGAUUCCUUGUCUACAUUGAUUGUGUACAGAGCGAUUUCGCCUCUUGCAUUUAUUUAUUUUUUUGGUUAGAUUGGGAUUGUCAUUAUAUCUACUCCUCGUGAAGAAGGGAGAGCAGAAAAACAUUUUUUAAUCAUUAAAAAUGAUGUACUACUAUAAUUAACAGCCAGAACACAAAUGAUUUCUUAGCAACUGGUAUAUGUACGUCAUAGACUUAACAUUCAGUCCUUCAAACCACAGCCCCUAAAUCACAAACAUCAAAGAAUAUUUACAAAAGACGCCAGUGUAUGUGAUGUAAGCUCACACAACCCCUGUCACUUAUGUGGUUCUGCAUCAGUCCCUUCAGGACAUCCCUAUAAACACGACAUCAAAGAGAAGUCCUCGGGUUUUAUUAAAUGACUGGCAAAUUGUAUUUUUUUUUUUUCCUUUUUUACGACGUGUGUCUGAUCGCACUCUUGUACACACUGAACAGUGUACACGCCUCAUUUUGCUCACUCCAUUUAUCACAAUCAGUACGACGUCUCCCUUUCUGGAUUCUCAGUUUUCCAACCCGGGGAUUGUUUUUGUUGUGCUACAUUUUAUCAGAACUUGUCUUUAUAAAUAGUUCUGUAGUAAUAGGUUGCUUUUACCUGCGAAGGUUUGUUAUGUGAAUAUUAAGUUGCUGUUCUAAGCAACACUGUGUGCGCUAUGAGUCAAUAUUAAAUGGUACGAACGUGUUAACGUUAUUUUGAAGACUGUUUCGGACAGAUUUUAGAGAAGGAUUUACAAAGACAAUAAAUUUCAUGACAGA